GAAGUAGUUCCGGGUGCGCGGCCCCGGAUGUUGGCUGCUCUUGCUGCCGCCGCUGCUUUCGGCGCUGCUCGGGGCCUCGACCGCUCGCACUAGGCACCGUUGGGACCUUUCCCUGGGGGCGGAGACUCACGCAGCGGCCGGGGGCUCGGCCGGGCCGUCCCGGCCUGCGCAGCCUGAGAUUCUCUUCGUGGCCAGAUGGGUUUGUAUGGACAGGCUUGUCCAUCUGUAACUUCUUUAAGAUGUAACUCAGGCUUUCCCUCACUUUGGAACUCCUAGAUUUGUGAAUAUUGGAUAUUUUGAGAAGCAGGGGUUCUUUCCUUGAUAUUGACUAAGGAGUCUAUUUACCUUCAGGAUGACAUCUGAACUGGAGAGCAGCCUAACAUCUAUGGACUGGUUACCACAGCUCACCAUGAGAGCAGCCAUCCAAAAAUCUGAUGCUACACAAAAUGUACAUGGAACAGGAAUUUCUAAGAAGAAUGCACUCCUUGACCCAAAUACAACUCUGGACCAGGAAGAAGUCCAACAGCACAAAGAUGGGAAACCUCCAUACAGUUAUGCCAGCCUCAUUACAUUCGCAAUUAAUAGCUCACCCAAAAAGAAAAUGACUUUAAGUGAAAUUUAUCAGUGGAUUUGUGAUAACUUCCCAUAUUAUAGAGAGGCUGGCAGUGGUUGGAAGAAUUCCAUACGACAUAAUCUGUCACUGAACAAGUGUUUCCUUAAAGUGCCUCGAUCGAAAGAUGACCCUGGAAAGGGUUCCUACUGGGCAAUAGACACCAAUCCGAAGGAAGAUGCGCUGCCUACUCGUCCAAAGAAGAGGGCACGAUCUGUAGAACGGGCCUCAACUCCAUAUAGCAUAGAUUCAGAUUCUUUGGGAAUGGAGUGUAUUAUUUCUGGAAGUGCCUCUCCAACUCUGGCAAUCAACACUGUGACUAACAAAGUAACAUUGUAUAACACUGAUCAGGAUGGUAGUGAUAGUCCCCGCAGUAGCCUUAACAACAGUCUCUCAGACCAGAGUUUGGCAUCUGUUAAUUUGAACAGUGUUGGAAGUGUGCAUAGUUAUACACCGGUGACAAGCCAUCCAGAAUCAGUCUCUCAAUCAUUAACUUCUCAGCAGCAGCCACAGUACAACCUUCCAGAAAGAGACAAGCAACUACUUUUCUCAGAAUAUAAUUUUGAAGAUCUUAGUGCCUCAUUUCGGAGCCUUUACAAGUCAGUUUUUGAGCAGUCACUUAGUCAGCAAGGUUUGAUGAACAUCCCUCCUGAGUCUUCCCAGCAGUCGCACACUUCAUGUUCCUAUCAGCACUCUCCCAGCAGUACAGUGAGCACUCACCCACACAGCAACCAAAGCAGCGUUUCCAACAGUCAUGGGAGUGGCCUCAACACCACGGGCAGUAAUUCGGUUGCACAAGUCUCACUGUCUCACCCCCAGAUGCACACACAGCCGUCUCCACAUCCGCCCCAUCGACCACAUGGUUUACCGCAGCAUCCGCAGCGUUCCCCGCACCCAGCACCACACGCACAGCAACACAGCCAGCUCCAGUCCCCUCACCCCCAGCAUGCCUCUCCACAUCAACAUAUACAGCACCAUCCGAACCAUCAGCAUCAGACGUUAACACAUCAGGCACCGCCACCCCCACAACAGGUAUCCUGUAAUUCUGGUGUUUCAAAUGAUUGGUAUGCAACACUUGAUAUGCUAAAAGAAAGCUGUCGAAUUGCCAGCAGUGUUAAUUGGUCAGAUGUAGACCUUUCACAGUUUCAAGGUCUGAUGGAGAGUAUGAGACAGGCAGAUCUCAAGAACUGGUCUUUAGAUCAGGUUCAGUUUGCUGAUCUCUGUUCUUCUCUUAAUCAGUUCUUUACACAAACUGGCCUUAUUCAUUCACAGAGUAAUGUUCAGCAAAAUGUUUGUCAUGGUGCCAUGCAUCCAACAAAACCUUCCCAACACAUUGGAACAGGAAAUUUGUACAUAGAUUCUAGGCAAAAUCUCCCUCCUUCAGUGAUGCCACCCCCUGGUUAUCCUCAUAUCCCACAGGCACUCAGCACUCCAGGAACAACGAUGGCAGGCCAUCACAGAGCCAUGAACCAGCAGCACAUGAUGCCUUCCCAAGCCUUCCAGAUGCGGCGCUCCCUGCCUCCAGAUGACAUCCAGGAUGACUUUGAUUGGGAUUCAAUUGUGUAGGGCUUGUAUCUGCAAGACACCAGACCCCUAACGUUACCUUUCUGCGCAGUGAAGGGAAAGGUUUAAAAGAAUCCAGUUGAGAAAACAAACUUGCUAAUCACUUUACCAAUGUUAUCAAAAUUACUUUUGAAGACAAUCAGAAUUUUAGCUGGAUAACGUACUGCUUUUAUCUGACCCAAACAAGUACUACAUGUUUGUCUCCCUGCCAGCUGCCCUAUGUAGCUCCUAACUGUUGUGUGAUUUGGACGGCUUUUUGCGUAUUGAUGUCAGUUCGAUGUUAACCACAAGUGCCAGACUGAUUUUUCAGACGGAGCCUAUUUUGCUGCAAGCAGUUUAUAUAAAGAUACAUACAUGUAAAUAUAUGUACAAAAAUUACUGAAAGGCUUCAGUUUUUUCUAAUUGGAUUAUUAUGUCGUGAAAGGAAAGUUAUUGUCAGUUUUUAUUCCUUGUUAGGCUAUUUUCUGCAGGAUGCUUUUAACUGAUAAAGGAAACUGAAAGGAAAUAGAUUUUUUUCAAAGCCCGGUUCCCUUUAUUUAAUCUUUUUCAGAAAUGUGGGUAAUGAGUUCUACCUAAUAAGGAACCCAGAAUUUGACACUCCAACAAUCUAAAGGGGCAUAUUGCUCCUGAGCAACAUGAAGAACUGACCAAAUUGGUUUUGCUGCUUGGGGGAUUUUAGAGUAUGUAUCGUACCUUGUCAUUGUCUGCUUUUCUAAAUCUGCGUUACAACAGCUCUAACAUUUGUUGAUCAGGAAGAAGUUGGACAUUGCUUGGCUCUUUAAACAAAUCAGUGCUUCCAUGUUCACCUAAGUAUUUAUUAUUCAAAAGUGUUAUUUUAAUAUUUAUUGCUAUCUUCUGUGAAUGCUCAGUUCCUGUUGGGUUCAUUAAGGAGAAAUGUAUCUGAAAGCACAGAAUUAAUUUUUUUUCUCUUUUGAGAUGGAGUCUCGCUUUGUCACCCAGGCUGGAGUGCAGUGAUGUGAUCUCGACUCACUGCAACCUCUGUCUCCCAGGUUCAAGCAAUUCUCCUGCCUCAGCCUCCCAAGUAGCUGGGACUACAGGUGUGCGCCACCACGCCUGCCUAAUUUUUUGUAUUUUAGUAGAGACGGGGUUUCACCAUGUUGUCUAGGCUCGCUGUGAACUCCUAAGCUCAGGCAGUCUGCCCGCCUCAGCCUCCCACAGAGUUGGGAUUACAGGUGUGAGCCACCAUGCCUGGCCCAGAAUUACUUUUCUUGAUAAUAAUUUACAGAUAAGACACUCAGAGGGGCAUUGUGUCAUUCUCUGUCAUCACUCCUUUUGGCAUGUGAAUACAUUUCUCUGUCUUAGCAUCCCUGCUGAUUCAGACUUAUUAGUUAAAUCAGCUUUUUCUGGGAUUUGAAUCAGAUUCCAUUUGGGCAACAACAGCAGGGCAGUGUCUCUAAAGCAAGUUUCCCCACUCAUCUUUUUCAUCUACGUUGUCUUGAAAGGAGGGUAGAGCCACUUACAGUUUUAUUUACUUCAGUGUUCAGCCUAGAUAUGUGGCCUGCUGUUUCUGUUGUCCUGUAUGUCUGUGUAUGCAUGACAUUUGGUCCUUUUCUUUGAAACGCAGCCCACCUCUUACGGGUUUUUUAGUGGCGUUGUUUUGUUUCAUACCAUAUCACAGUUUGCGUGGACUGAUUAUCUUAGUUCUAUGAUAAAGCUAGAAGAAAUGAGGGCUUUUUUAAUGAAUAGAUUUUGAAUUCUUUAGACCAAAAAAAAAAAAAAAAGUGUCAAUUCUAAUGGGGAAAUAUAUUUCAUCAAGUCAAGGAGUAAUAACUGCUUACUGGUUACUUUUUAGCAUCUCUGGUCUCUAUCAGUCAUGCAAAAUCACUUUAAUUAGCCUUAGUGAUUCUAUGGUUGAGUAAUCUCUUCUUGAACUAAACAAACAUCUUUUGUUUCUGUGUUUGUGCUGAGAGAGAGAGAGAGUGAGAGUGUGUGCGCGCGCGUGUGUGUGUUUUUAAUGGAGUGUUGCCUUGAAUGAAUCACUGGGAAGCCAGCCAUGGUAAGGGCUGGUGAGGUUGGGGAAAAGGGAAAAGCUUUAUGUUUCUCUGUUGUUUGGACCCUACUUGGCAUGAAAAAGGAAGCUCAGUUCCAGCCCCUUGGAUCAACGAAAAUCAGAGGAUUCUGGAAAGGCAGCCAAGUUGCCCCUCUUAGAAGGAUCAGAGGCAAGAUGAGAUGUUAGCCUGCAGAGUAAACGCUUGAAAAAAAGGGGUGAUUUUCAAUGGUUUGCUUAAGUCACUGUUUUCUAGACACCAAAAUAGCUGUUUUGAAACUGUUUUAAUGGCUUGGGUAGCAAUGUGCACUUUAAACAAUUUGGAUAUUGGAAUGCAGUUUCAUACUGAGUGAUUUGAAGUAGAACCACUGAUGAUGAUUUUAUGAAUUGUGUGAAGCGAAUUUCCCAUUUGGCAAUCAUUUACUGAUUUGCAGUGAUAAAUAUUUUUAUGAGAAUUUAAACUUACCAAGAAUGGCCAUGGAGGCAAAGCCUUCACCCAGACCCGUCCCACUUUCCUGUGAUCCAGGUGAUCCAGGAGCCCAGGACAGUUAUUUUCUGUGGGCCCUGGCCAGCCGGUUACCUGGUGAGGUGCAGAGAGUCCCUCUAGUGGCCAUUUCGCAUGGUAGUUGCUAAUGCAGAACAAGUUCUGUCUUGGGCUUAAAUUGACUGAAGAUUUUAGGGGGAAAGAAUAAUAAAUGCAUGUAAAGAAAUGGGGGCACUCUGUCCAGGAGAAUAAUCCGACUGGCAUUUGUGGCAGUUUUUGAAAUGUAAAUGUAUUCAUGUGUGUUCUUGUAAAUACAUGUCUCUCAGAUGUCCUUUGAAGUGGGAGGGAAUCAAUCCGGGGAUAAUUUCAAAUGGAAUAGAGUAUUUUGAUAUUGUUCAUUCAGAGGGUGAUGUGUAUAUAUCUAUAUUGUAUAUAUGUGAUGAAAAUGCAUUGGCUUUUUGUGCAGAUACAACCUGCUCUCUGUACUGCUGUUGGACAGUGUUUUAAUGUUUCUACAGUUUUGCUAUUGCACGAUUUCAUAUUUUGCCUCUGAUGAACGGCAACCAUUCUUUGUAACUGUUUAGUGCUGUAAAGAAAUAUUCCAAGUGUCAUUAGGAUUGUUGCUGCCAGAACUGAUAUGCAUGAAUGGCACUUAAAAUAAAUAUAUUAUGUUAACUCUAUUUACAACA